CCCCUGGGGAGCCCCGGGGCGCAGGCGGGGGGUCGGGGGGCCCCGCCCGCCGCCGCCACCGGCCCCCGCCGCAGGGACAGGGACGGGGCGUCAGGCCGGUCCCGAGGGGGAGGCGGCGGCGGGCGGGGGGCCGGGACCAAGGCCGCUGCAGGGAUGUCGGGGCCCAAGGAGACUGGCGGAGGUGGGGGGCCAGCCUACCACCUACCACACCCUCACCCCCCACAGCACGCCCAGUAUGUGGGGCCCUACCGGCUCGAGAAGACCCUGGGCAAGGGACAGACAGGCCUGGUCAAACUGGGUGUCCAUUGCAUCACUGGCCAGAAAGUGGCCAUCAAGAUCGUGAACCGGGAGAAACUGUCCGAAUCGGUGCUGAUGAAGGUGGAACGGGAGAUCGCCAUCCUCAAGCUCAUCGAGCACCCCCACGUCCUCAAACUCCACGAUGUCUACGAGAACAAGAAAUAUUUGUACUUGGUUCUGGAGCACGUCUCAGGGGGUGAGCUCUUUGACUACCUGGUGAAGAAGGGGCGGCUCACCCCCAAAGAAGCCCGGAAGUUCUUCCGCCAGAUAGUGUCAGCCCUGGACUUCUGCCACAGCUACUCCAUCUGCCACAGGGACUUAAAGCCAGAGAAUCUGCUUCUGGAUGAGGAGAACAACAUUCGGAUUGCAGACUUUGGCAUGGCCUCCUUGCAGGUGGGAGACAGCCUCUUGGAGACAAGCUGUGGGUCUCCCCAUUACGCGUGCCCAGAAGUGAUCAAGGGGGAGAAAUAUGAUGGGAGGCGAGCUGACAUGUGGAGCUGUGGUGUUAUCCUCUUUGCACUCCUGGUGGGGGCGCUGCCCUUCGACGAUGACAACCUGCGGCAGCUGCUGGAGAAGGUGAAAAGGGGCGUGUUCCACAUGCCUCACUUCAUCCCCCCGGACUGUCAGAGCCUGCUGAGGGGCAUGAUCGAGGUGGAGCCCGAGAAGAGGUUGAGUCUGGAGCAGAUUCAGAAACACCCCUGGUACCUGGGAGGGAAGCUGGAGCCUGAGCCCAGACUGGAGCCGGCCCCCGGUCGUCGAGUGGCCAUGCGGAGCCUGCCGUCGGCGGGGGAGCUGGACCCCGAUGUUCUGGAGAGCAUGGCAUCCCUGGGCUGCUUCCGGGACCUGGAACGGCUGCACCGGGAGCUGCGCAGCGAGGAGGAGAACCAGGAAAAAAUGAUCUACUACCUGCUUUUGGACCGCAAAGAGAGAUACCCGAGUUGCGAGGAUGAGGAUCUGCCACCGAGGAACGAUGCUGACCCUCCAAGGAAGCGGGUAGAUUCGCCCAUGCUGAGCCGUCAUGGGAAGAGGAGGCCUGAGCGCAAAUCCAUGGAAGUCCUGAGCAUCACUGAUGCGGGCAGUGGGGGCGGGGGCUCCCCUGUGCCCACCCGGAGAGCCCUGGAGAUGGCCCAGCACAGCCAGAGAUCCCGCAGUGUCAGUGGCGCCUCCACCGGACUGUCCUCCAGCCCCCUGAGCAGCCCCAGGAGCCCAGUCUUCUCCUUCUCACCAGAGCCUGGGGCCAGUCCUGGGGAGGAGGCCCGGGCCGGAAGCUGCCCAUCCCCGACGCCCAAGACUCAGACGCUGCCAUCUCGGGGUCCCCGGGGAGGCGGUACAGGGGAGCAGCCACCCCCCCCCAGCGCUCGCUCCACACCCCUUCCUGGAUCCCCCCGCACAUCUCCAGGGGCCGCGACACCCCCGCCCUGCUCCCCACGGGCCAGCCCCACCGGCACGCCGGGUGCCACCCCACCUCCUAGUCCUGGGGCUGGUGGGGGUGUGGGCGGUGCUGCCUGGAGGAGUCGGCUCAACUCCAUCCGUAACAGCUUCCUUGGCUCCCCCCGAUUCCACCGGCGCAAGAUGCAGGUCCCCACAGCAGAAGAGAUGUCCAGCUUGACACCGGAAUCAUCCCCAGAGCUGGCAAAGCGUUCCUGGUUUGGAAACUUCAUCUCCCUGGACAAGGACGAGCAGAUAUUCCUGGUGCUGAAGAACAAGGCACUGAGCAGCAUCAAGGCCGACAUCGUCCACGCCUUCUUGUCGAUCCCCAGCCUGAGCCACAGUGUGCUGUCCCAGACCAGCUUCCGGGCCGAAUACAAGACCAGUGGGGGCCCCUCCGUCUUCCAGAAACCUGUCCGCUUCCAGGUGGACAUCAGCUCAUCCGAGGGCCCUGACCCCCCUCCCCGGCGGCGGGAGCGGGACGGCAGCGGGGUCUACUCAGUCACUUUUACGCUAAUUGCUGGUCCCAGCCGUCGGUUCAAACGUGUGGUGGAGACGAUCCAGGCCCAGCUCUUGAGCACCCAUGAUCAGCCGUCGGUGCAAGCUCUGGCGGAUGAGAAGAAUGGGGCCCAGCCAAGGUCCCCUGCCAGCACUCCUCCCCGAGUGCUGCAGCCCCCACCAGGCCGGUCUGAGCCCCCCGAGCUGGGCGGCUCCCCUCGGCGUGGGCCACCCCCCAAGGACAGGAAGCUGCUGGCGGCCAGCGGGAGUCCCCAGCCCUGAUCUCCAUCCCCCUUUCCCUCCUACAUCUUGGUCCCCAGCCCCCAUUGCCUCCCCCUCAGGGGUCACUCCGAACACAGAUCCCCCAUCCUCCCCACCUCCCCAUCAACCCCCUCAACUGUGAAGCUGUAAAUACGGCCAGGGCAUGGGGUGGGGGCCCAGGGGUUCAGUGACCCUCGAAGGGAAGGGGUGACUGGGCUGG